CCUCCUCCCACCGCCCGCACCUCGGCCGAGCGCCGCCGAAAAACUCGCCCGCGACCUUCUUCUCCUGCGCGGUGGGCGGCACGCAGGUUAGGCCCCGGCGCCCGGGCGCGCGGGAGCCACCUGUUGACACAGAUUUGGGCAACUCAGGCGGUCAAUUAUUAACCGGCCGUGCAGCCGGCACCAGGAAACCCGAGCCGGCGUGGAAAGCGGAGCCGGGCCGGACAGCGGCGGGAGGCGCCGGGCGCAGGAGCUGCACCGCCCCGCUCGCCCCGCCGUCGGCCCGCGCCAUGGACGCAGGAUCGGACCUGGACCCGAAAGCGGGCACUGGCCCCGCGGCGCCCGAGGACCCCCAGGGCCCGGAGCUCCCGCAGCUCCCCCGCCGCCCGCAGCUGCUGGAUGAGGACCGAGGGCCCCGGGAGGAAGCGGCUGCCGAGGGGGCCAGCGCCCCAGCCCCGGAGGACCCCUCGGCCGACUCCCGGGCCCAGGCCGAAGCCUCGGCGGUGUCCCCUGCCCGGGGCCAGGCCACGGGUGAUGCCAGGCAGGGUCCCAAGGCGGCGGUUGAUGGCAUCCCCAACAUCGGCUUCGUGGGAGAGCCCCCGCCCUACGCGCCUCCGGACCCCAAGGGCGUGCACCUGCUGUACCCGCCCUUCCCGCAGGGAGCGGUCCUGUACCAGCCGGGGCCCUCGCCCCAGGCCCUGUACCCGCCGCCCGCCACACCCCUCUACCCCUCGCCCGCCCCGCCGCAGCUGUUCGCGCCCUUCCCCGUGUACAACAGCACCUUGGCCGCUGUGCCGGGCCCCACCACCAUCGAGCACCGGCCGCUGCCCAAGGACUACAUGAUGGAGUCCGUGCUGGUGACCCUGUUCUGCUGCCUGCUCACCGGGCUCAUCGCCAUUGUCUACUCCCACGAGACCCGCGCGGCCCUGAGCCGGGGGGACCUGGCCCAGGCCGAGGAGGCUUCCCGCAAGGCCCGCUCCCUCGUGCUGUUCAGCCUUCUGUUCGGGGUCUUCGUGUCCACCAGCUGGGUCGUCUAUGUGCUGGUGGCACUCUACCUGCCCUGAGGGCUAGUGGCUCUUCCGGGACCCGGGAUGCCCAGAGACACCCAGCCUGGCCAGCCUCCUGUGGACUUGGAUCCCUACUGGUGGCCAUCUGUCGCCUACAGAGGGGACCCGGGGGCAGGAGAGGGGGGAUUUGGAGCAUUUGGCACACCCGUGGCUGGGCCUCAGCCCUGCAGGUGGCCCAGGGCAGCGUCCCAACCUGCCGUGGCCUCAGUACCCAGGCCCAGCUGUGGGUUGGGGGCCCCCUAGAGCCCCAUUUCCAUAGUGCCCCCUCCUGCGGUCUUUGGCGGCUGUGCUGGCCUGGGACCCAUGGCCCUUGUCUUCACCUUGCCCUCGGACCCCUGGAGGGCCCAGAGCGCUCAGUAUCUUCAGCAUCACGGGGAGGGGAUGGACACACCCCAAACCCCUGCCUCUGGCCUCACUGGCGCCCUGGCCCAGGGAUCGCAGGGCACAGCUGCUAGGUUCCCUCCUGCCUGGGGGCUGGUGGGAGUGGCCUCCUCCCCCCUUGGUGGCUGUGCCCCUGCCCCAUCCCGGGCCAGGCUCUCUCAGGCUGGCCCCGAGUCCAGGAAGCAAGGCCACCGUGCCUGGGCAGUACAUGGGGACAGCCUGGGCAGAGCUCCCAGGCGCCUUCCCGGCUCCGGCUGAGGGCGGCAGCGUCCGCCCACCGCCGGACCGGCAGCACCAUCCCUCGCAGAUGGGGCUGGCACCCAAGCGGCUCUGGCCGGCGUCCAUGGGGGCGCUCACCAGCAGGGGGCACUGCAGUCGACAGCAACUUCCUGGCUGGUCCAGGCCCGGGCCCAAGAACAGCCCUGCCUCCAAGGUUUCUCGUUUCCCCAGGAAGUGGGGGUUUUUUCACUUGUGAGAUGGGGCCCUAGCACCGCGUGCCCCGGAUUUGGGGGCGGAGGCAGUGAGGGCCCCGUGGGCGUUCGGCCCGGGCCCUGCUCACGGGGGCACUCGGCUGUGGCCGUGGGGGUUCUGUGGGAUCUUCCUCGGGCAGAACAGGGAGUGAGGGCCUCGCCCGGAGCUUCAGGAUGGACGGGAGCCUCCCGGGCAGCCAGGGGAUCCGUUGGUGGGCAUUUUCCUGGGGAGGGGCCGGAGCUUCCCCCAUUCUCGAAGGGGCCUGUGAGUCAACACGACUGACAACCACCCGCACAGAGAGAGGAGGGAGGAGGCCGGGCCGGGCCACGUGGACUCGGGGCGUGGGGGGCAGGGCCUCAUGGCCCGGACACUGCGGGGCCGGAAGGAGCGUGUCCAACGCCGAAACACACGGCAGCCACCGAAAAGGAGAAGGAGGUAAAUUUUUAGGGCUCAGUAGAGGGCAAAAAGUACUUGGUGGAAUGCCCAGCCACAGCUAUUCUCACUAAAUUCUUAGGUAAAAUCUGGAUAGAGAGAAAUCACCUAGACCAGUGUUCCUUAACUUUAGAGUAUGUAGGAAACACCUGGAAUACCUUUUUGGGUUUUGUUUUUUAAUCGAUUUUAUAGAAAGUGAGGAAAGGAGAGAAAGAAAAGAGAAAAAUAUCAAUUUGUUGUUCUUAUUCAUGCAUUCACUGGUUGAUUCCUGUAUGUGCCCUGACUGGGGACUGAACCUGCAACCUUCGCACAUCAGGGAAAAUGCUCUAACCAUCUCACACCUGGCCAGGGCCUCACCUGGAAAAUUUUAGGAGGACGCAGAUUCUGAUUCAGUCGGUGAGACCGGAGAUUUUGCAUUUCUAAUGAGCCUCCAGUGCUGCUGAAGUGCCUGUGGGAAUCGACAGCAAUGGCUCGUUACGUGGGAGAUGAUUAAAGCCAUCAAAAACCGUCAAAACUAGCCCUGGCUGGUGUAGCUCAGUGGAUUGCGCACAGCCCUACAAACCAAAGGCUUAUGGUUCGAUUCCCAGUGAGGGCAUGUGCUGGGUUGCAGGCCAGUUCCCAGCAGGCGGUGCACAAGAGGCAACCAUACAUUGGUGUUUUUCUCUCUCCUUCCCCUCCCCUCUAAAGAUAAAUAAGAUCUUUAAAAAAAUUAUCUGGACCUAAGUGAAAAAUAAUAUUUUUAAUUAAAAAAUUGUAUGUAAGAAAGCUGAACAAAAUUAUCUGGAUAGCAAGAUGUAAUAUAUAAAUAUCUAAGCCCUGGCUGGUGUAGCUCAGUGGAUUGAGUGCGGGCCUGUGAACCAGACAAUCGCAGUUGGAUUCCCAGUCAGGGCACAUGCCUGGGUUGCAGGCCGGUUUCCAGCAGGGGACGCACGAAAGGCAACCAUACAUUGAUGUUUCUCUCCUUCUCUCCUUCCCUUCCCCUCUAAAGAUAAAUAAAUAAAAUCUUUAAAAUAAGUAAAAAUAAAUAAAAAUAUCUAGCAUUUUGCCCUGGUUGGUGUGGUUCAGUGGUUGAGAGCCAGCCUGCAAAUCAAAGGGUGGUCAGUUCAAUUCCCAGUUCAGGGCAUGUGCCUGGGUUGCAGGCCAGGUCCCCACUAGGGGGCGCGUGAGAGGCCCCACACAUUGACAUUUCUCUCUCUUCCUCUCUAAAAAAUAAAAAUAAAAUCUAAAAAAAGUCUACCAUUCUUAGAGAUUUAAUGAAAUCCCCCCAACAAAUUGAGUUUUUAAAACUAUGGCAAAAAAUGUUUAAAAAAUUUAAUAUAGUAGGAAAAUGCAUAAGGACAUAGUUUUUUGUUUGUUUGUUUGUUUUUUAAGCUGAAUGAGCAGGGACUUUCUUCACCAGAUAUUAACACCUCAUAAAGCUACAAUAACUAAGGCAGCAUGGCUUGGCAACAGAGAUAGGUCAGAGAAAAACAACAGACUGCCCUGCCCCGUGUGGCUCUGUGGGUUGGUGGUUGUCCAGCAAAUGGAAAGGCCGCUGGUUCAAACCCUGGUCAGGGCACCUGCCUGGAUUGUGGGCCAGGCCCCCAGUUGGGGGUGUGUGAGAGGCAACUGAUGGAUAUAUGUCUCCCACAUUGAUGUUUCUCUCCCUUUCUCCCUUCUCCUCUCUCUGAAAAUAAAAUAAAGUCUUAAAAAAUGACAGACCGUUCAGGGAACAUCCCUACUACCUGUGGGAAGUUAAGACCUGAUUAACUGAGUCAGGGGGGCUCAGCAGAGUUGGCUGUCUGGACGGAAAAAAUGAUUCUCAUACUGUAGGGAAAAAAUUCCAGAUGGAUUGAAGAGCUGAGCAUAGAAUAAUGUCCUGUGAGUAGGAGAAAGCUUAUUAACAGGAUGUCCAACCUCUGGGCAGCUCUGGGCUGCCCUGGAAGAAGAGUUGUCUUGGCCGCACAUUAAAUACACAGACAGUAAUGCUAACUGAUGAGCAAAACAGAGGUUUUAAGUAAAUUUAUGAUUUUGUGUUGGGCCUCAUUCAUAGCCAUCCUGGGCUACGUGUGGCCGGUGGUCGUGAGGUGGACGCCCAGUAGGGAGGUAUCUGCAGAACUUCAGGGCGCUGGCGGGGGAGGACUCUACCGUCUGGAGAACCAGAGCGGGAAAGACCGGCAGAUUUGAGUCCCACCCAGAGAGACAGCUGGGAACUUCGCACAAACUUGCACUCAGCAGGUUGGGAAAAUAUUAGAAAGGUUGACCACAUCCACGGAACACGGGCCCUUUUGCUACGGGUGGGUGUGUAGCCACAACCUCCGUGCGAAGUGGACGGAUGACAUCUACCCAUAACGGGUGUGCUGUGCGUACUUGUGUGCAUGGGCGUCAAAGAGCGGCGUCUGGGCAGACGAGUUGCCCGCUGCAGGCAGCGGCAGCCUGCCCCGGCAGCAGGAUUUAAAAACACGGCUGUGCGCGUGCGCUGUGCCACCGAAAACCCGCGGAGGGAGUGCGCGUGCUCGGGGUCGGCCCUCGCAGUUUCCUGGCGCCCGUCAGGGAAGACGCGCUGUCUCCCCGAGGCUUCCAAUCCGGGUUCGGGUGCUGGGCGGACAGGGAUCAGUCAGCGCACUCGGGCUGUGCUGAAGCGCGGGAGGAAAGGCGGCGGGAAAAGCCCACUGGGGAGCCCGCCCUGAGUUCACGGGCGCCUGUGCACGCGCUCGUGCGGCGCGGACGCGUUGGCCCGGAGUGGACGGAAAGGCGCUCCCGAGGGAGCGGCGGACGCGUCACUGUUAAGCCCAGUGCCCGGCCGCGGCGCUCCGGGCCCUCCUGCCUGGUGGGGAGGGCGCCCCCUUUGCUCCGCGGUCUCAUCAGCCCCUGGCUUCUGUCAGCCUCCGCGUUUCAGCACCGCCUCCAGCCUGGAAGCUGUGGGGAGGUUUCCUUAAGAGUUAGGGCUUCGAUUCGCGGCUCCCCGAUGGCUCACGGUGUCGAGCCUUGGGCGAUUCGGGCUCACCUGCGUGAUGUGCAGGCCUGGGGCCCAUUGUUCGCGGGGUUGUCUUUUUUUAUCCAUCUGGAGGAGCUCUCCUUGCACCCUGGGUGGAGUCUGUGUUUGAUGCAGGCGUUUCAAACCUCACUCCCCGCUUCGUAGCUCCUUCCUCUUAGCGGUGCCAUCCGACGAAAAGAAGUUCUCAGUGUUAAUGUACAGGGUGGAGCAAAACCAGGUUUACAGGGGUGGUGCAAUAAAUAGUGACAGGAAUAAACUGUUUCAUGUGCUUACAACCGUAAAACUACUCUUACGUAUUUUUAAAAGAUUUUAUUUAGAGAGGAGAAGGGAGGAACAUGAGUGUGUGGCUGCCUCUCGCACGCCCCCUACCGGGGACCUUGCCCGCAGCCCAGGCAUGUGCCCUGACUGAGAAUCACUAGCGACCCUCGGUUCAUAAGCGGGCGCUCAGUCCACUGAGCCACACCAGCCAGAGUUGUAAACCUACUUUCUUAAAAAGGAUUUUAUCUCCGGAGAGAGGGAACGGGAGGGAGAAAGAGAGGGAGAAAAACCUAAGUGUGUGGUUGCCUCCCAUGCACCCACUACUGGGAACCUGGCUGCAACCCCAGCAGGUACCUUGACUGGGAAUUGAACCGGUGACCCCUCAGUUUGCAGGCAUGUGCUCAAUCCACUGAGCUACACCAGCCAGGGUUAGACCUAAAAGCUUUACUGGUUUAUUUUCACAUUUAGAUCUGCCAGCCUCCUGAAAUGGAUCCCGGGGUCUGUCUGUUCUUGCACCUCGCUCAGCUGCGUACUGCGGUUGGGUGGCAAAUCUUGACAUUGGAUAAUCAGGCCUGCUGCUGUUUUUGACAGUCUUGGCCACUUAAGAUCAUUUAUGUGUAUAAGAAACUUUAGCAUUAACUUCAGAAUCAACUUGAUUUUCACCAAAGUAAAGGUUGGGAUUUUGACUGCAAUUGCCUUACCUCUAUGAAUUCCCUUGGGUAUAAUUGACAUCUUUACUGACUGCUGAUCCCCAACACACGCACACACACGGUGAAUUUCCUGAUUUUUUUUAGGGCUUUUAAACAUUUCCGUUGAUUUUGUAGUUUUUGUGCAGAAACAUUACGUUUUGUUAAUAGCCUUGGGUGUUUGAUUUUGAUGCUAUUAUAAAUGAUCAUUUUUAUAUUACUUGCUAGUAGAAAUACAACUGAUUCUUGAUUACUGACUUUGUAUCAAGCAAUCUCUGUAAACUCACUUAACCCUGAUAAUUUAUCUGUGGCUUCUGUCGCAUAUUCUCUAUCUUUGCUGAAUUUUACCUCUAAUAAUGGGUUUUUGUCUCCCUUGCCACCCCUACCCCUUCUGUGUGUUUUCCUUGCUUCCGGUGCCAGCGGGCCCCCAGGUCAAGGCCUGGGAGAUGUGCUGACCGGGGCAACGGUAUCUUUUUCUAAGUCACAAAAGGAAGGCUUUCGACACUCGGCCUUCCAAAACAAAUACCUUUUCAGAUUACGGAAUUACCUUCCUAUUCCCAGUCUGCAAAGUUUUUUAAAAGAAUUACGCACAGAUAUUAAACCAUAUUACCUUUAUGUAUCUACUGAGAAGAGUAUUCUGCUGUGACUGAACACUGACUUUCAAAUGUUAAAGUAACUUUU